CUUUUUGAAGCACUACGGCGGCUGAAACAGCACUAAGAUGUCGUCACGUUUUCGCUUCUUUCCUGGAGAUAACAUAUUCAAGAAACGCGCUCCGUAGAGCAAAAAUAUAUAUCUUUUUGUGAAUGCAAAAUUGAAGCAUUUUCAGUUUUGGACCCCUUCUCCUUUCUGUUUAUAAUACUAACUAUGUUUAAAUAUAAGUAACGUAUUUGGGUUUCUAAUAUACAGUUUUAUGUACCAAAGUUGAUUUUUCCUAAACGUCGAAUCAUAUUGAAGGUCACAUUAAAAAUAUAUCAUGAAACGUUUUAUAAACCUUAAAAAGACAAUGUUUGCUACAGGCUAUAACAAAAUAAAACUGAAAUGUGGUGGAAAUGACUAUAUUUAAAACAUUUCAGAAAAAUGCACAAAUAGACACUACUGGUGAUGGACAAAUGAAAUGAACCAGUAAAACAUGGCCAUUUUCAUAAAGUACACAGAGUGAAAUAUGUAAAGAAGGGUGACGAGCAGAUUUAAUGUAGAACACUUAACAAACAAAAACUGGCUGAUUUAACGUCAGCUAUGCAGAAAAACAUUUCUCUCUUCCCUGUUAUCAUGUGUUUGUUUGUCCCGUCACGUGUAAAUGUUAAGAAAUGCCAGAAGCAGGUCAGGCCAAAUGUUUUACAUAGAUUUGUGUGUUCUUUGAAUAAGCUCAAAUGUACAGUGACACAGAGAUUCUGCACCAAAAUUGUGAAAAUGUCUUUCCGCAUGCUUUGACAAACUAUUUAAUAAAAAAAAUUAAAAUAAAUAAGAACAUCUUAAAUGAGCCUUUGAAAUGUAAUGAUAUAUACUGUACACCACUGAAACCAAAUCCUGUUGCUUCCUAUUCAAAUGACUUUGUGUUGUGCAGAAAGCACUUACGUAAUGUUUUGAUCAGAUUUAUUCCUGCCCAGCAGUACAAGAUGAGUUCGACCUGGUUUCAGUAUAUAUUUAUCUAUUUGAAUUGGAAAUGUUGUCAAUGUGCCGUUCGUGAUUCUGCACUUCUGCAUCAUCAUUCAAAGCUCACGCAACAAAAUUAUUAAUUUUAGAAAAGACAUCGAUCAAUUUACAGCUGGAGAAUUUUUAAGAAAAGGGCCAAAAACCCUGAAGGUGUUAUGGCAAGCUUUAGCCGAAUUUCUAAUCUAUUCCUAUGAUGUCAUUCAUCUUCUCAAUGAUGAUGAUGGGCUGGACCAAUAGAACAGGUGGAGGUGACUCCAGCAUAUAUAAGACACUUCAGAGAACAGAAAGACAGAGGCUCGUUAGAAGACUGACAAACAAGCAUCUUCUCAACAGAAACUCCGAUAUCGGAUUAGAGAAAGAUGGAGAGUGUUCUCCCACUAAAGAUGUUGGGCGUGUUGGCUCUGGUUCUGCUGGUGUCCAGUAUGAAUGAGGGACGGCUUCUGAGUAAAUGUGAGCUGAAGGCUCAGCUAGAAGCCGCUCAGUUUCAGGUGGUGCCAGACAAUAUGACUGUGGAAGAUCUCAUCGCCAGACUUGUCUGCAGGGCCAACACCUCAGGCUUCAACACCCACUUAGUUAAAUUUAUCACUAGAAAACAUGACGAUCCCGCAUCCGAACAUGAUUCUCCCCAAGCUUCAUUUCAGGUUCCAGCUCUAGCUCCACCCCCAUCCCAGGGUCCACCGAAUGCUUCACCCCAGAUUCAGCCUCAAACUCCACCCCCGGGUCAGCGUCCAGUUCAAUCCCAGGAUCAAGCUCAAACUCCACCCCCGGGUCAGCGUCCAGUUCAAUCCCAGGAUCAAGCUCAAGCUCCACCCCGGGGUCAGCGUCCAGUUCAAUCCCAGGAUCAAGCUCAAGCUCCACCCCGGGGUCAGCGUCCAGUUAAAUCCCAGGAUCAGCCUCAAGCUCCACCCCGGGGUCCACCUAAAGGACCAAUUGAAAAAUCCGAGAGAUUUUCCCCCCAGGAAGAGGACCGAAAGCCUCCUGCCGUCUGGCACCAGUACGGAGUGUUUCAGCUCAAUGACAAGUUGGCCUGUGAUUCCGAAGUUGUGCCAACCCGCAACCUUUGCCAAAUGAACUGCUCUGCUUUGCUUGAUGAUGACAUCACGGAUGACAUCGCCUGCCUCAAGACCCUGAUCAGCACUAUGAAAGCUGGAACCACAGGGCAACUGUCUGACAGUCCUCCUGUGCCUCAGAAGUUGGAUACGCUGUUGGUGAAGGAGUGUCGGCAUGUUGUUGCCUCUCAGUACUUUGCUGAGUGUGCUUAAAACAUUCAGCGUUCCAGCAGGUCGGACAAGAUUCGUCGAACUUAACGUCCCAAUUUCACUUUUCUGAUUUGUGAACUACAGAGACGUAUGCACAAGCUGUCUAGAAUUAUCUCACACUGUCACUUUAAAAGCCCAACAGUCUCAUGAUUUCAAUGGCAAGUUGCAUUUUAUUAAAAUGGUUAGUGUCAUUAUGAUGGUGGUGGGACCUGGAUGCUUUUAAACAGACUCAUAAUAAACUUAAUAGAGGGCUGUGUGUAUUAAGCUAUUUAAUUUAUUGGUGUAAAACUGUGUAUAUAGGCCAACUUCUACACUUAUUUAAUAAAUAAUAAAUAUGUAAGAAAACGGUUUCUUUGGUUACACAACAUUGCUUUUUGUUACAACCUUCUGACUCUUUAAAGUCCCAGUGAAAUUAAAAAUGACGAUUCUAAUUUUUUCAUUAAAUAUUGCAGCGUUUAUAGUAAAUAGCUUAUCAAUGUGGGU